CCAUAUUAUACUUCAUAUUUCAUAUCUUGUUCAUUUGUCAAAAAAAUAAAAAUAAAGAAAUACAUUACCCCCGGUUUGGACUUAGGAAAGUAGGAGACGCCCCACGUUGUGCAUCUUUUCAGACGAGUAGCUCAAAUUGGAGCCAGAUCUCGAGCAUUUCGAAUCUUGCCAUGGCGUCUCCACCUGAUUCCUCUGCCCAAGAGGCUGCUGUAAGGAAGCAAAAGAAGGGACCCCCAAUUAAGUUCUUGGUCCCUCUUAUAUAUGCCCCUGUUCUUCCUCUAAUUCGGCUCUCUCUGCGAAGGAAUCCUGUAUUAAGGGAUCGUUUGUUCACUGCUGUUUUGGCUGGUGCAUUUGCUCAUGGCUUUUAUUUGGUAACUGAUAUAUAUGAUAUAGAGAGCAAGUAAAUUUUUCCAAUCAGUGGUUGUGAUAUUGGAAUUUUGCUUACCUCUCUUGUUGACAUUAGGCGAUUGGCGGUUUCUUUUGCGGAACUCAACACUUGGUGAAGCUUCAAGCCAAGUUGGAAGACACAUUCUAGUGACCUUAAAUAAGUAGCCUGAGGACAGGUUUGAGAUAUUAUACAUUUAUUAUGGACUAUAAAUACAUGUUCUUUCCUGAUAAAAAGUUUGGCUUAAGAUUUCUAUUGCCAUUUUUGUUGCUUAUGAAAUAAUUAAAGAAUGCUUAAGAUGGUUUUUUUCAA